AAGCCUAACGGGGAGUACAGCAGGGAGGAAGCGGGGUGGCUGUAACGGAGGGAGGGAGGAUGUACUGGGCUGCAGGCUUCGCCUCUUCCCGGCCGUGUGUGGUUGAACUCGGGCGGAAUCACAGCCUGCCCCUCGGGCUGUGCGGCUCCGAGCAGCAGCAGUCUUUGUAUGGCUAUAUCAUCGCCUUCCCUUUACAGGACUACGGGGGCAUUAUGUCGGUUCUGGGCUCGGACUCCUGGUGGAAGAAGACCCUGUACAUCACCGGGGGGGCCCUGCUGGCUGCUGCAGCCUACCUACUGCAUGAGCUGCUCGCCAUCAGGAAGGAGCAGGAGUUGGACUCUAAAGAUGCCAUCAUCCUCCAUCAGUUCUCCAGGCCAAAGAAUGGCGUGCCUAGCCUCUCACCCUUCUGCCUCAAAAUAGAGACGUACCUGCGCAUGGUGGACCUGCCCUACCAGAACUACUUUGAUGGGAAGCUGUCACCGCAGGGUAAGAUGCCCUGGAUCGAAUACAACCACCAGCAGGCUUCAGGGUCAGAGUUCAUCGUAGACUUCCUGGAGGAAAAGCUGGGUGCCAACCUCAACAUCAACCUGACCCCGCAGGAGAGAGCCGUGUCCCGAGCUGUCACCAAAAUGGUCGAGGAACACCUGUACUGGACGAUAGCCUACUGUCAGUGGGUGGACAACCUGGAGGAAACUCAGAAGCUUCUGGCGAUGAGUGGUCCCUUGAGUGACACACUGAAGUGGCUGCUGAGCCACCUGAACGGCAGCAUGGUGCGCAGGGAGAUGUACGGCCAUGGCAUCGGGCGCUUCUCUAAAGAGGAGGUCUACGCACUGAUGGAGAAGGACAUGAGGACGCUAGCCACACUGCUGGGAGAUAAGAAGUACUUUAUGGGCUCGAAGAUGUCAACAUUAGAUGCUACAGUGUUUGGGCAUCUAGCCCAGGCUAUGUGGACUCUGCCUGGGACACGACCAGAGCAACUCAUCAAAGGAGAGUUGAUCAACCUGGCCAUGUUCUGCGAGCGGAUGCGGAGGAGGUUCUGGCCCGAGUGGUUUGUGGAGGUGGAGGAUCUUUAUUACGACGGAGACAGUGAGAGCAGUGGCGGCGGCGGCUCCCCUACAGGCCUGCUGGACCUUGGCCUCUUCUCCAGGACUGACACUCUGGACGACAGCGACGCCAGCAGCCACUCUGCCGGACACACGCACACACACUCCCCAGACUCUGACCACUCGCUCUUUGACUCAGACGUGGGGACGGGAUCUGACAAUGACAUUCAGCUUAAGGAGGACUUAAUUCCCGACCUGGAGGUUUGACCUGAGAGUAGUCGUGAUUGGCUGACUGACUCAAACUGAGAGGAGACAAGAACUGUGGGGGUUUGCUUGAAAAAAACCUGGCAGUUUGGACAGGUUGCCAUAAAGCAGCUCUCACAGCUGAAGAAACUAUUCCAGCUCCUCCACAUCUAAUACCCAAAAUGAUAUACCUUCCUGAUGGACAUACUGGGUAUUAAUAUGCAGAGCGUACAAACUGAACCUCAUAGUACACAUGUGACUGUAUGGUUUGCCCCCUCCUGUACCAUCAGAACUGUCCCUGUGGCAGUUUCUCUUUGCCUUAUUUUUCUCUCAUCCUGGUGUGAAAGGUGAACACAAAGGAAACAUCUCAUCUCAUGAAAAGUGCGGCGACGACAGAAGAGCGGUGUAAAGAAGACAGGUGGCACUUCACUUGCUAUGAAACGAUGCAACUAAUCACCACUCUGCCAUGCGUCUCGACGCACAAACCCGUUGGAACAGGUGGAGACUGAUCAUGUGGCUGAAAGGAACAGCUGCUGUGUCUCGGCUGUUAACCAUCCGUGUGCUGGAGAGGAAACACAGAUGACACCGAGUGGCAGUCCAUGCUCUAGAUUGAUCCUAAUGUCAUUUCCUUUAUGCUAUUGUAUGUGGGAUUAUCAAAACAUGAUGUAUGUCUCCAUCAGACCACAACCUUAGAUGCACAUGUAGUCCAAUGACAUAGAAGUAAGAAGGAAAAAGAAGCCUGUUUCAUUUAACGGUUGUUAUUCUUAUUUCUCUCAUUUAAUAAUAAUUUGCUUGCACUUUGUCAUUAGGAAAGUUGGCACCUUCAAUCAAUGAUUUUAACUUUCUUUGUUUUAGUAAAGUGCUGUAAUUCAUAUAUUUGACCACUAGAUGGAGUCAGCAGUCAGCCUGAUGCCUCUUUAUUUUGUAACAUCAAGGUCAUUCCACCCUGAGGACCUGCAGUCCAUUUAACAAGGUAAUAAUUAAUAAUAAUAAUAAUAAUAAUAAUAAUAAUAAUAAUAAUAAUGAUAAAUAUUAUGGUUCCCAUUCAUAGGUAACCUGUCUGUCAGUGUGCAGAUGUAUGUAUGCACCUACAUACUGCGACUGAGCGCAGCAACAAAUCAGCCUUAGUUCGUUCAGACUUGAGAAAUGGGUAAAGAUAGUCUGCAACAUUAUUUGUUGGGAUAAAAUUUAUUAUCAGUGCCACUUUAUUAUUAUUUUUAUAUGAUCUUAUGUGUCAAUUUUUAUUAUUAAUCUUUGUUUGUUUUAUUUCUCUCAAAGAGAGAUGUUAUUUUGCACUAGUGGAAAUUUAUUUUCACCUUAUUUCAAUGGGAGCAAUCUAUGGAGGUAGAGAACAGUACAAGACGAAUGAAUGGGAAACAUAAAUGUGUAUAUCAGCAGUAUAGGACGCUGAGUGUUAGUAAGGUAAUGAUUGUGCUGCAAGGGGACUGUGCUGCUUUUGUUAGCUGUGUGUAUGUGAAUUUUACCGGGUGUGAAUGUCAUCAAUGAAGCAAUUGAUGAAGUCUUUGCGGAGACAGUCAGAAUACCAAAUCAACAGAACUUAACAUCUCUAGUUUAGAAACAUUGGGUAUAAAAUGGACCAAAAUGUCUCCGGGAAGUGUUUGCUUUUGUCUGUCACAUUAAGCUUGGUGGAAGUGCUCGUAAUGGCAACAUGAAUGCUAUAAGAUUGUGGUGCAUAUAGAGUAGAUGUGACUAAAGUUUUAGGGGUCAGUUCAUCCAAAUUACAAAACUUUUCUCCUUUAAAUCUAGUGGUAUUGAGCCAUGCCGGUAAUUUUGGUUUUAAUUGUCCAAUUUUUUGAGAGAUGCGUCUUUGAGAUUUAUGCCUCUGCCUCAGUGCAAUAGAGGUGAAUGGUGUGUUAUCUUCAUAGUACUGAAAAUCAGCAGCAGCAUUUCAUUUCUUUCCAAAGAAAACUCACAUUUUCAAAAAAAACUAACCAAACUAAAUUGGUCAGAUCAAAUUUAACACAGCAUAUUCCAAAACCAGCAGGUAAAAUGGAUGUUCUGUUUAUUUGAGGCAAAUGUAGUAGUUUAAGGUAGUUUUACAAAGUUCACAAACAGCCUUACCUUCAAUUAUGAUUUCUCUCUAUGGUGCCACAUCCAAAACCUUUUCCCCUCAUUUUAAACAGCUGUUUGAAUUUGGAAAUAAAAGUGACCAACGGUAGUCUUUUAGUUUAAAGCUGCUAUAAGACAUUGCCAGAAUUUUAAGUUUAACAUUCUUAAAAUUAACAUUAGUGUAAAAAAGUGACAAUUUUGACGUUAUGUCAAAGCUGUCUACGUGUUGUGAUGCAGGUGAUCGAGAUCCAGGUUAGCCCAACAGCAGCCUUGCAUAAACUGACUGUAGCCAGCAUAUUUAUGGUAAUAUCAGAGAUAAGACUGCAAGAAAACAUCCAAGUUAGCUUAGCCAUGGAAAGCUAGCAGGCCACAUCAUCGUCUGUGCAGACCACACACACGCCCUUGAACAGUGUCAUUGCUGCAGUUAGCAAAACAUAAUUCUUCCACAAGGAAUUUUUUUUUGCGAUCAAGUGGCCAGUAAUAAAAAAAACUACAACUUUAAAGCUACUACAAUUAGGGUUUUUUUAAUUAACAAUGAAACAAACGCGUAAUGUCAAAGGGGUGGCUUGUAAUGAUGAACCACCAGAGAAUUACCACCCGAAUCUGCAGAUUCUCUAGGGUUUUAAAGUGUUACUGUUUGGGUUCACUCUCAAUGCUCUUAUCAUCUUUAAAUGCAGCAGGCUGCUCAAAAAAGCUCUAAAAGCCCACCGUACACUACCUGCUCUGCACCAAAUGGCAACUUACAAAGUGACUAACUGGUGACCACAGUGGAGCAUUUAGCUGAUUAAGAGGCAGAUAUUUCCCUCAGGGGUUGGUGAAGAGCAAAAUGCAAAGUCAGUAUUGGGCUUACAUUCAUCAGGUGGCCAGAAACACGACUCCAAAUGAAUGCUGAUGUCUCUUUAAUGCUAAUAAGUUUGCCACAAUAACUUCAAAGAGUAUCUGCAUGGCCACAUACCACUUUUGGUGUACUUGAGAAGAGAUGUUUUUUUUUUGGGUGAAGUGCCUCUCGAGUUUGAUCGAAGUACUUGGAGACAACCUUCUUCCAUCACGUUGCCCUGUGGUUCGCAUCCCGACCCGCCCUGACCUGGAUUGUGCAUUUUUCAGUCGCCUCAUCCAGCCUGGGCAUCAUAUACAGUUGGACUGCUUUAAUCAAGCCAUAUUAAAACUACAUGUCUUGUUAUUACAACCAUUUCAUAGCAUUACUGUUGGGGUAAUGUAAAUAUUGUAUGUGUGACAAAGUGUACCAUACUGUACGUAGAGCUGGUUACCUAUGGGUGAGCAGUCAUAAACUGGAGUGACUGGAUGAUUUCAAUAAAGAAUAGCUGUGACAA